UACACUGAAGCCAGGUGCAUUUCCGUUAUUCUCAACAAAUUCACUGCCCUUGCUCUCCUCUUUAUAAAUAUCCCUGCUUCACAUUUCUCAUCCCAUAACCCAUAUUUCGCGUUGUUGUGAAGCUUUAUUCUCCUCUCUCCUUCUCUCAAGGGUCUACAGCCAGGAAAAAUGGGGUUGACAUUCACAAAGCUGUUCAGCCGGCUUUUUGCCAAGAAAGAGAUGCGUAUUCUUAUGGUUGGUCUCGAUGCAGCUGGUAAGACCACCAUCUUGUACAAGCUCAAGCUCGGAGAGAUUGUGACCACAAUUCCUACUAUUGGGUUUAAUGUGGAGACUGUGGAAUAUAAGAACAUUAGCUUCACUGUGUGGGAUGUCGGGGGUCAGGACAAGAUUCGUCCCUUGUGGAGGCACUAUUUCCAGAAUACUCAGGGUCUCAUUUUUGUGGUGGAUAGCAAUGACAGAGACCGUAUUGUUGAGGCAAGGGAAGAACUGCAUAGGAUGUUGAAUGAGGAUGAGUUGCGAGAUGCUGUCUUGCUGGUAUUCGCUAACAAACAGGAUCUUCCAAAUGCAAUGAAUGCUGCUGAGAUUACUGAUAAACUCGGCCUCCACUCCCUCAGGCAGCGUCACUGGUACAUCCAAAGCACCUGUGCAACCUCUGGUGAGGGUCUUUAAGAAGGUCUGGAUUGGCUAUCCAACAACAUUGCUAACAAGGCAUGAAGCCAUUAAAGAUCAUUUGCGGACUGGCAAUUCUGGAUGCAGGGGUGAAUAUUAUCUAUUUUUUUUUUUUUUUUUUUAAAAAUUCCUUUUUGCUUGAGACAGUUGGAUUGUUGUUUUGCUAUAUUUGUUUUUAGGACCUUAUGACUAUAUUGUAAUAGAAGAAUGGUUGGUUGGAUACAUGUACUUCCGAGCCUUCAGUUGGGUUUUAGAUGUGAUGCUUCUUUAUGUAAUUGAAACUAAUUUGGUGCAACACCCCUUUUUGAAUUUAGUUUUCUUUCA